AACCACAUUUCCAUGAUGGAUACAUCUUCUUCAUAAUAUUUAACUUUAAGUGCAGAGUGUAAUUUCAACUAGUUGACUGGAGAAAAAAAUAUUCUAACUAGAACUAGGCACUUCACACAGGACGGUGUUGGAUGUAGUUGUAGUAACUCCUUAUUUUAACCACUAGGCGGCAGUAUAUGUAUUAUGAAUAAGCGGCGAUGCAUUCUGAUCAAAUGCAUAAGCAGCAUGAUAAUUCCUGAGCCUCAGAUUUAUGUCUAGCUAGAAUGAUUUACUUUCAGUUAUUCCAUUCCUUUACUUGUUAUUACUAUAGGGGUGCAAAUCUUUGUUAUCCCCCCCCCCGUAUGCUAAAUAGUCUCUUUGUUAUCAUCUUUGAAAACUGUAAAAGCAAUCAAAUAUGUUACGUCACAGGGAUGUUACUUUAUGUAUAACGGUGUGUUAGUGUUUCUGUUUGGGUGUUUUGUUUUCUGCCCUCCAUCGUCAUGCAGGUACUCCGACCAGCUGGACCUAAUUAGUCGAUGUUGGAGGUGAUUGGAUGGUGUGCGGGAAGACAUAAGCCAUAUCGGAUCUGUGGAGACGUGAGAGAGCCUUCUUAGGAUGAAGAUGAGGCCUUCCUCCUGGUCCCAGAAUCGAGUUAUAUGUAGAGUUGUUUUGCUUCUGAGUAAGUGAGCUCAGGUGUUUGUGCUGUAGCAGAAGUGUGUGCUCAAUAUUUCUAUUUCUUUCUUCUUUGGGGAAUGUAAGGAGAGGGUGCCAUUUUUGUUGGUACUCCUGACUUUUCUCCUGGUUUAUGGUUUGACAGGAAAAGAGGGAAGGGUUCUUGUAAUUUGUUUUCUUUCUUUUGUAUGCUUUUCUUUUAGGUAAGUUUAGAGAGGCUUUUGAGUUAGUUAGAUAUGUGUUUGUUAUUUUGGCCUGGCCCUCUCCUGAAGCUGUUGUCCCCUAUUUUCUUUAUGAAUAUUCUCUGGGAUUGUCUUGUUUUGGUAAUAGUUGUGAUUUGAUGUCUUCUGCAACUACAAAACUCUUCUUCAAAGUGGUGUCUAUGGUGCUGAUUCUGGGACAGAAGAUUGGACAUCCUGGUUCUCUCUCUAAUGUUGUUUUUCUUUCAUUACUUUUUUCAUUUUUCUUUAUUUUGUUACUGGCUAUGUAACAAAUACCAUCACUCAAACCUUACAAAAAUAGUCUAACUGGCUGUUCAAGUGAAUCUGUGAAGAAAUUCCAUUCAAACCAAAGCUGAUGUUUAAGUAGCCACUUAACUGGAAGAGAUUUUGAGAUUCUCUCUGCAAGUUGACCACCAAAUCAGGAACCUAAUCACUUAUUACAUGAUGAUGAUGAUGAUGAUGAUGAUGAUGAUGAGUAGUUGUUGUGGGAACAUGGUGGCUUAGUGGUUAGCACGUUCACCUCACACCUCCAGGGUUGGGGGUUUGAUUCCUGUGGCGUUUGCGGUUUCUCCCCGUGCUGCUGGGGUUUCUCCUAGGUACUCCGGUUUCCUUCCCCAGUCUAAAGACCUGCAUGGUAGGCUGAUUGACGUGUCCAAAGUGUCCGUAAUGUAUGAAUGGGUGUGUUUGUGCCCUGUGAUAGAUUAGCACCAUGUCCAGGGUGUACCCCAUGCUCCCUGGGAUAGGCUCCAGGUUCCCUGCGACCCUGUAGGAUAAGCAGUAUAGACGAUGGAUGGAUUGUUGUUGUAUUGACUGGUUGAUUUCGUUAAGCCUACUUUCUCCUAGGAUCUACACAGAAUGUCAGGUGUGUAUUUUCAUGCACAUUUGGAACAGUCGCCUCAGUUAUUUACGGUAAAUUGAGUUUUUGGCCACUGCAAGCCUUGCACUCAAAAUUUACCAAUUGAAUCUAAUGGCUCAUGUUUGUUAUUAUUCGCUAUUUAUUGGAAUUACCCAUAGAUGUGACUCUCAGUGCACUGAGGCCUCUUAGUUCGAAAUGAAAGGCGGUCUAUUUUCACUCUCGAGCGCUUUGUACCUUUUUUUUUCCUUUAAUUCUUCAAAGCUGAAACGUCAUCGGCGUCCCUUUGGUCACGUGACCACGAAAUGGCCAAUCAGAGGCCUUAUGUAUGUCCUCCAACGACCUGUUAAAAUGUAACUGUUUGAAAAUGGCCAGCGAACACACGGUGCAAACAUUGGGGAUUAGUGCUGCGAUUUAAGCAGAGCUGCUGCUGUUUUGAGGAUGCUUGGACCACAAAGCGUCAUGACCGAGAGCUGAUAUAAACAUUAAAGCGAAGGAACGUGGCUCUGCCAUGGCAGCAGGUGUCAGUCUGCUGAGUGACGUGCCCUACUCCAACUCCAGCAGCAGCAGCAGUGCAGGGAACAGUGCAGAGCACAUCACUGACAUGGAGCCAGAUUUCAGACCCAAUGUCAGGGUCCCCACGGCAAAGUACACCAAGGUGGGUGAGACCUUGAGGCAUGUAAUCCCAGGCCACAUGCAGUGCUCCAUGGCGUGUGGAGGACGAGCUUGCAAGUAUGAAAACCCGUCUCGCUGGAGUGAUGAAGAACAAGCCAUCAAGGGACUUUACUCCUCUUGGAUCACAGACAAGUUAUUAGCCAUGGCAAGGCCGUCCACUGAGAUUAUUGAAAAAUACAACAUCAUCAACGAGUUCUUGGGAUGCGGACUAAAGACCAUAAUUAACCUGCAGCGCCCAGGAGAGCAUGCCAGCUGUGGCUAUCCCCUGGAGCCAGAGAGUGGAUUCACCUACCACCCAGAGGUCUUCAUGGAGGCAGGGAUCUAUUUCUACAACUUUGUAUGGAAAGACUACGGGGUAGCCUCCCUUACAACCAUCCUAGACAUGGUGAAGGUCAUGUCUUUUGCCGUGCAGGAGGGGAAGAUGGCCAUUCACUGUCAUGCCGGGCUUGGAAGAACAGGUGUUCUCUUGGCCUGCUAUUUAGUGUUCACAUCACGGAUGAGCGCAGACCAGGCCAUCUUGUUUGUGCGGGCGAAGCGUCCAAGCUCAAUACAAACACGAGGCCAGUUACUGUGUGUGCGUGAGUUUGCACGUUUUGUAGCACCACUGCACUGUGUGUUCACGAGUGUCGAACCACGAGUACAUGCUGUCACACUGUCGCAGUACCUGACACAUCAGCGACAUCUGCUGCAUGGCUAUGAGGCUCGCCACAUGAAGCAUGUGCCAAAGAUAGUCCAUCUGGUCUGCAGGCUCCUGCUAGACAUUGCUGAGAACAGACACACAGCAGAGGAAAAAUACCUGUCUGAGAUCCCUGACCUGACCGCUGAGGUAGAGAAGACCAUAUCGCAGCAGGCCUUGCAGCAGCUAGGAAAAGAGAUGAGGGGGAAGGGCAUCCUUUUGAACUUGCCACACUCCUUGCAAUCGUCCACUCCCCCUCCUGAGCAGUUUGAGAAUGCAAGUGAUGAUGAUAAAGCUCAGAUUUUGCGCAGCUUCAGCGACUCUGCUCUGCACACCCUGGACUCCAGGUCUAAGGGAUUCAGAUGGCACCCAGGCAUGGCAAACCUCCUGAGUGAGCACUGUGUGUCUCAGAGUAGGUUAGCAGAAACUCCAGAUGUUCAGGUCUCCAGACCACUGUUGACGCCUGAAAACCUCAUCGCUUCCAAACCCGACUCUCUAGAUGGAUCCUCAGCCUCCCUUGACGAACCCAAGAGAGAGGUGGAACAUAUGGCUGUCUCAUCAGAUUGCAGGAAGCAGAUACCAUUGAGAGAGACAAAGCGCAGUAAGUGUUUGGGGUUUUCGAGGAGCAGCGCAGCUAUAAUGCCCAGGUUACCAGCAGAAGAAAAGUUAGACCAGGGUAAAAGACAGCCAGUAAGAUGUCAUGUCACCUGUACAGGAAGCAGCGAUGUUACCUUCCUCUUGCUCCAGACUGAGCUUUCUCCAGAGGUUCGCCGCGUGCUGGUGGCUAGGGCUCUCAUGAUGGAUGUAGAAGAGGAGAAUCUAAGGAAUGCUGUUUCAAUGUGGCAGGCGGAGUUAAAUUGCAGAGAAGGGGCGUGGGAGAGGCUUUGCAUAGAGCGCAACCCACUGCUGCUCUCUGCUCUCAUGUGGUCAUGGUUGGAGCAGCUGAAGGAGCCAGUCAUCACCAAAGAGGAUGUGGAGGCUCUAAGUCAGAACAUCCACAAUCCUCUGCAAGCCCUCAGCAUCAUGGACAAGGACCACAAACAAACCCUUCUGUGUAUCCUGGACUGUGCUGCACAUUUAAUGACAUUGCCGGACGAAGUCGAAACGGCUGUUCUUCAUCGUACAAUCAAAGCAUUCACUAGGGUUACCAAUGAUUCCGAGAAUGGACAGCUGAUCUAUAAAGCUCUUAUGGAAAUUCUAGUCCCAGUUCUGAGUGAUAUGAGAAGAAAGGUGAUAGAAGUAAUACAGAGUUGAGUGUCUGUGCCACUUCCCAUAAUCACCCUGGUCAUUGUGGCUAGAUACAUACUGCACUAAUAUUUUUUGAAAGAACUAUGUUGUGUUUUUCUAUAGUGUUGGUGUCAGCAGGCUUGAUGUUCUUAAACGGUGCUUUAUUGUCAUUGUUAUUCUUUAAAUUAAUGUGAUUUAAUGUCUCACAAUGCACACAUCAGAUUGGGUGAUUUGUGUUUUUUUUUUUUUUUUGUUAAAUACUGCCAUAUAUAUAUGUGUGUGUGUGCCACAUGUACAUUGUUCUCUCAGUUGUCAUUGUUACUCACUAUGAUGGAGCAUUUUGGGGUCUUAUAUUUAUUAUUUAACUAACCACUAUUUAUUUAGAAGUUAUUAUUUAGAAAGGUAUGAGUAAUGUUCUACAAAAGAAGUCUCGCACUAUGUCACAAUAUUGUUUGUUUCUCGUUUUUUAAACGUACCUCCAUUUUUUUAACAUGAAAACCAAAUAUAUUGACUGUGCAACAUAUUUUAUUAAAUGUUUGCAUAUUUUAAAGUAUAGUAUAUAGUAAAGCAAUUUUAAGACAAAAAUAAGAAAACAAAAACCAAUUCAAGGUUUGCUCUGUUAGAUAUGAUAACUCGUAGCAAAUGUAUGUUGUUUAUUCAUGCAAAUCCAGGUAUACUAUUUGGCCAAAUGUAUGUGCAUACCUGAGCAUCACACCUAUAUGAGCUUGUUGGACAUCCUAUUCCAAAACCAUGGGCAUUCAUAUGGAUUUGGCGUCUCAUGUUGCGACUAUAACAGCCUCCAAGAUUUUGGAGCGCGUCGGUGGAAAUUUGUUUCCCAUUCAGUCAAAAGAGCAUUUGUGAGAGCGGGCAGUGAUGUUGGACGAGAAGGCCUGGCUCACAAUUGACAUUCCAAUUCAUUCCAAAGGUGUUCAGUUGGGUUGCGGUCAGGGCUCUGUGCAGGCUACUGAACUUCCUCCACACCAAACUCUCCAAACCAUGUCUUUAUGGAUCUCGCUGCACAGGGGCACAGGCAUGCUGAAACAGGUAAGGGCCUUCCCAAAAUGUUGGAAGCAUACAAUUGUCUAAAAUGUCUUUGUAUGCUGUAGCAUUAACAUUACCCUUCUCUAGAACUAAGUGGCCUAAUCCAAACCCUGAAACAGGCCAUUAUACUUCCUCCACUUAUGUAAUUUUACUAUUGGCACUAUGCAUUCUGGUAGGUAUUGUUCUCUCGGCAUCUGCCAAACGCAGAUACUUCCAUCAGACUUUUUGUAUGUUGCUUCAGAACUGCCAUGCCUGUGUCCAAGUUCUGUUUUUUUUGGGAAGAUCUAGCAGGGCAGAAAUUUCAGGAACUAAUUUGUGUCAAAGGUGGCAUCUUAUGACAUGGCCAAGUGUAAACUCAUUGAGUUCUUCAGUACGACCCAUUCUACUGACUAUGGAGAUUGCGUGGCUAUAGGUGUUUGAUUUUAUGCACCUGUUGGCAGUGGGUGUGGCUGAAACAUCUGAAGUCAAUCAUUUAGAGGGGUGUCCACAUACUUUUGGCCAUAUAGUGUAUUUCAGCACUGCCUUCACAACACAACUAACAUCUAACAUGGUAUUUGAAAAUGUUUGUAUGUUGAUACAGAUACUCUGCCUGUGUCUAAGCUUUUGUGGAAUGUCCUUUGCCUCAUUUUAAUGGCAUUAUUUUCUACUACGCUGCUGUUUUGUAAAUGGUCAACAUUGUCUGUUGACAAAAAGCACUGUAGCUAACUAGACUUCAGCCUCAUUCUCUUACUGAUUGUAUAUGAAAUAUUUAAGUGAGCAUUAACCUGAACUAGUGGGAAAGUGUAAAAAGCAUCUGAUUUCAGAUGUCUAAACGACAGACUGUUGGGGAUUUUAAGGCACUUAUUGUUCUUAUCUACAUGCCAAUAACUAUUGUAAUAAAAUGAGCUGGUUGUGUUGAUUUCCAGAAUAUAAAAUCCCAGAUUUAAGUCACUAAUGGACUAUUAGGAAUGGGUUAGGUGUUUAAUUUGUUAACAAAUACCAUGUCCGCAUCAAGUGCUAUAUAUUCACAGUAGGAGCAAGGUUAUAAAUAAUAAAUUAAUAAAAAUGUCAGAAUGAAUACAUGUGUAGAUAUACUGCACUUAACAGGCACAUGAAACUAAAUAUUCAAACAAGUAACACACUUGAAUAGAUAUUUUAAAAUGUAAAAUUAAGUGUCAGAUAUUUCACAUUGAGCAAGGUAAGCACCUCCCAGGUUUUAAAUUCUUCUGCGUCCCUAGAAUGAAUAAGAAGGUCGGGGGUGUUGCCUGUCUAUACCAUCAUAAUUUAUGUUGCACAUAGAUUCCUCUGGGGGAAAUUUGAAACAUGUGAGUACCUUGCAGUGCAUCUCAAGGGUGAUCAAGCUGUUAUUUUAUUAGUUAUCUAUCACCCUUCUAGAUUUAAAGCGUCAUGAAACACUAAACUACAUUUGCUGGGAUUUUAACUGAGGUGUUCGUAUCGCACAUCAUAAAAGACAAUCUGUUCAUUUUAAUUGUAGGAGAAAACUGGUUAAUUUUGAGCUUUUUCUCCGCUAUUUUUGUCUUCCUGGUUUAAAAUCUCAGUCGCAGGCGGUGACGUGGCAAUGUACUAUAGUACUUCGAUGACGUGUCGGUGUCUCAUAAUUAUUCAUGAGCCUGCGUGUUCUUAUCCUAUGAGAAGAUGCUGUCUCUAAAUUAUUCGUGACAGCACGUGGUGCUUUCCUACAGAUGUAGUAGACGAGAGGCAUUCAAAUGGGUCGGAGGUGUUCGUUUCAGUGGUGUAAGAGUUCGAGUGUGUUUAUUCUGGAGAGCGAUGAGAAUUGGAGAAAGGUGGACUUCGGACUCGCUCAUGAAAGCAGUUUGCGUCUACACGAUGAUGCGGUACUCAGUCCCGAGGACUUUUCCAUCCCUUCAAAUGAGGUACGUGUCUAAUUUUUAACCAUGAGAGUUUUACUUGCCUGUUGAGCUAAUUAAACCGAUUAAAGCUCUGCUGGCCGUCGUGUGCAAAACUAUACAACGAGAGUCCGUGUUGAAGGGACGAGCCUUCGCCUUUUAUUCGUGAAAAGCUCGAGCCU